AUGGUGGCAGAGCGGUGGAGCUUCGACUGGUGCAGCGUGGCGGCGGGGGCGGGGGCGGUGGUGGCGGCGGUGGACGCGCGGGGCGCGGGCGGCAGGGGGCUGGCGGCGCACCACGCGCUGCACCGGCGCCUGGGCACGGUGGAGCUGGCUGACCAGCUGGAAUGGCUCGCGGCAGAGCGGUGGACGGGCAGGGGGCUAGCCACGCACCACGCGCUGCACCGCCGCCUGGGCACGGUGGAGCUGGCUGACCAGCUGGAAGUCGCUGAGUACCUCCGCGAUUCCCUCCACUUCAUUGACGCCCGCCGAGUGGCGGUGUGGGGCCGUGCGCACGGAGGCUUCCUCGCGUCCCUGGCUCUGGCCAGCCCGUUGAGUGUCUUCCAUUGUGGCAUCGCCAUCACCCCCAUCGUCCGCUGGCGAUAUUACGAUGUCCUUGCCCGCCGAGUGGCGGUGUGGGGCCGCGCGCACGGAGGCUUUAUGGCGUCUCUGGCUCUGGCCAGUCCGUUGAGUGUCUUCCAUUGUGGCAUCGCCAUCACCCCCAUCGUCCGCUGGCGAUAUUACGCGUCAGCAUACGCAGAGCGCUACAUGGGCUUCCCGAACGCGACGGGCAACUACCGGGGUUAUGCCGACGCUGACGUCACGAAGCAAGCAGCAGCGUUGCACGACAAGAUGUUGCUGUUGGUACACGGCACAGCCGAUGACAAUGUCCACGUGCAGCAGACGAUGGCGCUGGCUAAGGCGCUAGCUGAUCAUGGAAGCAUGUUCCGGCAGCAGAUUUACCCUGACGAAGGCCACAGCCUGGAAGGGGUCAAGCGCCAUCUCUACAGGACCAUGUCUUCGUUUCUGGACGACUGCUUCCGCAAACAGGUGCCCCCAGAGACGAAGGCGGGACUGCGGAACGGGGGGAACCUCGACUGAGAUACGUGGAGGGAUGAGGAGUUGUACUCUUGGUAAACGCAAGAAAUAGUCGUGAAACUAAUUAG